GAGAGAGAAAGAGAUAGAGAGAAAGAAAGAGCGAGAGAAAGAGAGAGAGAGAAAGAAAGAAAGAGCGAAAGAGAGAGAGAGAGAGACCAUCCUUUUAAAUUUGAUAGUGAUUUGAAGCGUCACAGUUGUGGGGAAUACGGCACAUUUUAGUGUGAUGCAAUUUCAAAAGCCUCGAAAGCAACUUAUAAAGACUUUAAUCCAAUUAAUGACACAUUGUUUUCAGAGCUAUUCGUCACAAGCAAGUAUCGUUCUUGAUGUUUGAUAUAGUUUAAUCGAUGACAACCGCAAAUUGCUUUCGGAGAGUGUGAAAAUGUGAAAUAUUUUGUUGAGGCUGAUCUGCGUUUUGGAAUGUUUCAAUGACUGCGUAUUUUUAGGAGCAAGUUCAAGAAACAUCAAGAUGGAAUUUCCAGCAGGUGCUUCAAGUAGAGGGUAAAGACACGUGCCAAUAAAGUCAUAGCAUCAUGACAUCUAAAUCCCCCCCAUCUCUACACUACCACCACCAGUAUGGCAUGGUUUGGCCAUUUGGAUGGGGUGGCUGUCAUUCCACCACGUGGCCUCGCCUCCUAUGGAUGUUGUGUGUGGGGAUGAGCCCUGGGUCCUGGGCCUCCCAUCAACACUUCCAUCCCCACUCCAUCAAGAUCCCUGGAGACAUCACCCUUGGAGGCCUGUUCCCCAUCCACGCCAGGGGGCCUCAUGGCCUGCCCUGUGGGGAGAUCAAGAAGGAGAAAGGCAUUCACCGCAUGGAGGCUAUGCUCUACGCCCUGGACCAGAUCAACAGUGACCCGGAGCUACUCCCCAACAUUACUCUGGGGGCCAGGAUCCUGGACACAUGCUCUAGAGACACCUACGCCCUGGAACAGUCGCUCACCUUCGUCCAGGCCCUCAUCCAGAAGGACACCUCGGACAUACGCUGCUCCAAUGGAGAGCCGCCCAUCAUCCGCAAGCCUGAGCGUGUGAUAGGGGUGAUCGGGGCAUCAGCCAGCUCUGUGUCCAUCAUGGUUGCCAACGUGCUGCGUCUAUUUGAGAUUCCCCAGAUCAGCUAUGCCUCCACAGCCCCAGAGUUGAGUGACAAUAACCGCUACGACUUCUUCUCGCGUGUGGUCCCUCCUGACUCGUACCAGGCCCAGGCUAUGGUGGACAUAGUCAAGGCAAUGGGCUGGAACUAUGUGUCUACACUGGCAUCAGAGGGAAGCUACGGGGAGAGUGGAGUUGAUUCCUUCCAGCAGAUCUCGAGAGAGGCAGGAGGUCUGUGCAUCGCACAGUCUCUUAAGAUCCCACGGGAGCCCAAGCCGGGAGAGUUUGACAAGAUCAUUAAAAGGCUGAUGGAAACUUCCAAUGCCCGGGGGGUCAUCAUCUUUGCAAAUGAGGAUGACAUCAAACGGGUUCUGGAGGCAGCGAAGAGGGCCAACCUCACGGGUCACUUCCUGUUUGUAGGUUCUGACAGCUGGGGUGCCAAGAGCUCCCCUAUUCUAGACCAGGAGGACGUGGCUGAGGGAGCUGUCACCAUUCUACCCAAGAGAGCCUCUAUUGAAGGCUUCGACCAGUACUUCACCUCCAGAUCGUUAGAGAACAACCGUAGAAACAUUUGGUUCGCUGAGUUCUGGGAGGACGAUUUCAGGUGUAAACUGACAAGGCCAGGCAUCAAAAUAGACAGCGAAAAGAAAAAGUGUACAGGAGAGGAGAGGAUAAAUCGUGACACUGCCUAUGAGCAGGAGGGGAAGGUGCAGUUUGUAAUCGAUGCGGUCUACGCCAUGGCCCAUGCCUUGCACAGCAUGCACCUGGACCUGUGCCCCGGCGCCAUGGGCGUCUGUGACAAGAUGGAUCCUGUGGAGGGCCGGUUGCUGCUCAACUAUAUUCGUUCUGUGAACUUUAACGGCAGCGCAGGGACAGGAGUUCUAUUCAAUGAGAAUGGAGAUGCACCAGGACGAUAUGACAUCUUCCAGUACCAGAUGUCAAACACUACCAUUCCUGGAUACAGAGUCAUAGGUCAAUGGACCAACAAUCUGCGACUCAAUAUGGAGGAGAUGCAGUGGUCAGGUGGAGACCGUCAGAUCCCUGACUCAGUGUGCAGUUUCCCCUGUAACCCUGGAGAGAGGAAGAAGAUGGUGAAGGGUGUGCCCUGCUGCUGGCACUGUGAGCUGUGUGACGGCUACCAAUACCAGCAGGAUGAGAUGACCUGUGAGACCUGCCCCUUCAACAUGCGCCCUACGCCUAACCGGACGAGCUGCCGGUCCACGCCCAUCAUCAAGCUGGAGUGGCACUCCCCCUGGGCCAUCAUCCCUGUGUUCCUGGCCAUCCUGGGUAUCCUGGCCACCUCCUUUGUUGUCAUCACCUUCAUCCGCUUCAACGACACGCCCAUCGUCCGCGCCUCUGGCCGGGAGCUCAGCUACGUCCUCCUCACGGGCAUCUUUCUCAUCUACCUCAUCACUUUCCUCAUGAUCGCAGAGCCAGGCGCAGUGGUGUGUGCGUUCCGCCGGCUGCUGCUAGGCCUGGGCAUGGCCAUCACCUACUCCGCCAUGCUCACCAAGACCAACCGCAUCUACCGCAUCUUUGAGCAGGGCAAGAAGUCUGUGUCGCCACCUAAGUUCAUCAGCCCCACCUCUCAGCUGGCCAUCACGUUCAUCCUCAUGUCUGUACAGCUGCUAGGGGUGUUUGUCUGGUUCGCUGUGAUACCACCCCAUACCAUCAUAGACUACGAGGAGCAGAGGCCUCCCAACCCGGAGAUGGCCCGGGGCGUCCUCAAGUGUGACAUGUCCGACCUGUCGCUAAUCUGCUGCCUGAGCUACAGCAUUGUCCUCAUGGUGACCUGCACUGUCUACGCAGUCAAGAGCAGAGGGGUACCGGAGACCUUUAACGAGGCCAAGCCCAUCGGCUUCACCAUGUACACCACAUGCAUUGUCUGGCUAGCUUUUGUGCCCAUCUUUUUUGGCACGGCACAGUCCACAGAGAAGAUGUUCAUCCAGACCACCACGUUGACAGUCUCCAUGAGCCUGAGUGCCUCUGUGUCUCUGGGGAUGCUCUACAUACCCAAGGUCUAUGUCAUCAUCUUCCACCCAGAGCAGAACGUACAGAAAAGAAAGCGCAGCUUCAAGGCCGUUGUGCAGGCAGCCACCAUGUCUACUCGGCUCUCCCAGAAGUCCAACGACAAGCAGAACGGAGAGACGCAGAACAAGAUCGAGCCAGACAGAACACAGUAACUGAAGUGUGGCCAAUAAUUUAUCCAGAGGACCUACAUUUCACUAAGGAGCAGGAGAUGUUAUUGAAGGCCAUGCAGUAGGGAGAGGAGGCCUGUCUUUAACAGUAACUAGGUACUUCACUGGUCCACUGGAUGUCAAUGGAAUGAAACUGCAACAAGGAAGUGUUACACCACUUCAACAAGAACUAGAAUGAACUUAAACUGGUGUCAAAAUGUUAAAGACUUCCAAAAGCCCACAUUAAAAAUGGGAGGGGGUGGAGUCAAACUGUACCCAUCCGUUAUCAACCAGUUAGAUUUACAGCAUCACAACGAUCAUCACAUUGAAACACAUCUGGAUACUGAGACACAGCAAACAACAAGAGGUGUGGACCAAGGCCACCACAAUGUGAGACUGAUAAUGUACUUUUCUCAGUAUUGUGCUGUUUUAAUCUCUUUGCUCGCGGUUCUAUUACCUUGACAUUCAAACUUGCUCCAGAGGACAUGUUGUCUCCAUUGGAUCAGUUGUAUGCUUUGUUCAUCAACAUAUCAACAUGAGUUGUUUUUGUGUGAAUAUUUUUGUCCAUAGAAAUCUACAGUGGAGCGCUGCAGAGAUGCUCAGACACUGCAAUAAAUGACACAGAUGCCCCAGUUAGAAACUGACCUAAAUGACAGUGAACUAUUUUGUAGUGAACCACAUGCAGUGAUACUAUUUGGCUUUGUUUGCUUAAUUUCAAACUUAACUUAGGUUAUACGUUGUUUGAGAUGCCCCAACAAUAUUUUGCCCCUGUUAUUUUGUCUCCUUACUGUAUGUAUGUGGAAGUAAUGUACAAAGCUGUAGUGUAGACUGUACCUGGAUCAAUAUAGUUAUUUAUCAACUCAUUCAAUAAACCGUGUUGAUUUUUAUUCAUCUUUAUAUCCUUAUUUUCCCUGAUUUACUUUCAUUUAGACGCUUUUCUUCUUCACGUUUGCACUUUUUAACACCUUAUCCAAAGAUUUACUGAUGUUUUCUCACAAAAGGCCCAAAUGUUGUUCACAGGAUGAUCUAUUAUAAGGUCGUAUCUACAGAGUAACCAAUUUGUAUUCAUACUGUACAAUUUAAAGUACAGAAUGGAUUUUCAUUCUCUCCCUCAUCCAGUCCAUAACUACAGUGUUAUUUUUUAAAGGGAAAUCCUAAAAUUAAUUUUUUAUUUGUACACCUCUCAUGGUUCCUUGGGCAUUUUUGCAUGUGCACAGAAUAAAAUCUGACAUUUUUAUAUGAUAAAGUAUACACAUUAUAGACUUGAUUCAGAUAAUGAUGUCAAUAGGGUGUUUAUAAAGGUCAUGGCAAAAACAUGUCUGACUUAUGUCUGAAUUCAAUGUACUGUAUGUGUGAUGCAGAUGAGAGCAUGCCUAUGAUCUUCAUGUCUUUAAGCACAAAGACUCCCCAUCACAGAAAGCUAAUGAAGGGAAAGCAGCCAUUCCUAAUAUCCGGUGGGUUCCCAUGUAUUGUCAAAUCAUAUCAGCACUGAUAUAGAGCACAGCACAGCUUCAUUUUCAGUUAAAGUUGUCAUAAAUUAUUUGUGGUGGAACAUUGUGUUUUUGCAUAUAUGGUGAUCACAGAUGACAAAAGUAUUGCUUGUAUAGUGGCAUCUAAAUUUAAUCUCAACAUAAUUGACAAGGAAGCAAUGCGUAUUGUUGAUGACAGGACAUCUAUUUAUCAGAAAAAGGGUUCUCUCCCAUGACCAGAAGUAACAAAGUACUGUACAUGUAAUUUUGGCACAUACACUUUAGACAUGAGGCACACUGAAUAUCUGGGUGAAUAUUCACAAUAUUUUACCCGACAGAAUAGUUCACUGUACCCAUGUGGUGGUUAACAGAAUCCAUGACAUUGAUACAUUAUCAUGGCGACUACUUCUGGGAUUGGCAGAAGGUCUUACAGACAUAACUUAUAUUAAAGCACAACAACCGAUAACAAAAAAUAAAAGAGGUUCAUAAUGUGUGGAGAAGCAGCUUCAAUUACAUUUUGCUUUAAGCCUUUAAUAGCUCAUGCAAUUAGUGCAUUAAAACAAACAACAAGGAAAUGUUGUAUACAUUAAAGUUUUUCUGCUCUCUACAUAUAGUGUCAAGUAUGGCAUAAGAAUAGAAUACAAGUAGAAACCAUCUUGAUUGUGGCAAGUUUCAUUGUUUAUGUCAUGCUUUAUGCAUGGUGCUAUCACCUAUUAUUUAUCAAUACGUUUCAAUUAGGUUAUGCCACAAUACCAUUAGUGAUUCCAAAUAAAGCAUUAGGAAGAACCACUUAGUUGUUUAUACAUGCAAAGACUACAAUGUCCUCCUCUACACGAAACUCAGGUGUUUUAUUUUGCAUUUGGAUAAAGGACAAUCUCUCAUUGUAAAUGUCACACUCUGUAUGGGUAGUUCCUAUUUGUAAAGAAAGCUGUUUCCUUAGGACAGAUACAAGGCAUAAAGGUAUUAUGUUCAAUAUAUGCCUAUGACUUGCCUAGUUAAAUAAAGGUCAAAUAAAAAAUCUAAUAAAAAAUGCCUAUGAUGAUGCAUGUUGGAAUAAAUGUUUUAAU